CAGUUGGCUCAAUUCUCCCCGGUUUCAGAAAGCCGUUGUGAGAGAGAGGAAGUGAGACCUGAUUAUCCAGUCCAACGUUUUUGGAAGAUAUUUAACGUUUAGCCCUCAGUUUUUUUGCUCGGUUAUAUUCCGUAUACCUUUGUUGUCUCUCUUACACACCCAGUAUGGCGUGUGGAGCUACGUUAAAGCGUUCGAUGGAGUUUGAGGCCCUACUCAGUCCGCAAUCUCCAAAGCGGAGAAGGUGCAAUAUACUACCCGGGGCUCAAAGCACUCCGUCCCCUCAAAGAUGCAACCUCCGUCCGCCAGUUGACAGCCCAUCAUCACACUCGAUGUCUCCACCCGCUAUAGGAGGAGAACAGAGGCUCACUCCAGAGCAGAUAUUUCAGAACAUCCGUCAGGAAUACAGCCGCUACCAGAGACGACGGCAGCUGGAGGGGGCCUUCAACCAGAGCGAGGCAUCCUGCAGCUCCACCGAUGCCCCCAGCUCCUCCCUCAACGGCCCCAGCUCCCCGCUUGGGGCAUCGAGGAAGGACCAGCCGUCGUUCACGCUGAGGCAGGUGAGCUACCUGUGCGAGCGCCUGCUCAAAGACCACGAGGAGAAGAUCCGGGAAGAGUAUGAACAAAUCCUCAACACAAAACUGGCAGAACAAUAUGAAUCUUUUGUGAAAUUCACGCAAGACCAGAUAAUGCGAAGAUAUGGUGCCAGGCCUGCUAGUUAUGUUUCUUGAACUCCCCCCCCCCCCCCAUUGAGGUACCAGCUUUUCUCACUGGAUGGCUGCUCUUCUACGCCCCCCCCCCCUUGAUUUUUAUUAUUUCUUCCUUUUGUUCAUGCUAUUUGGGUGCGAUGGUUUAUCUACAUUUUUAAUCCAAUAAGGAUUUAUAUACUCCUGAACUGUUGCUGCUGGCCAAAAAAUGUACGUAUUGGAAGAAAAAACAUGUAAAACACCCUUCUGUCUCUAUGCUGUCUCUGGACGUUUGACUGAAGCAGAUUCGUCUUCCCAGCGCUGUAGAACACUUGGCUAAUGUGAUCAGUCUGUAUUAUAACCUGUCAUCACCGCUCUUUGCAGCAGCUAUACUACUAAAGCCCCAUGUCUCCCAGCCACCCACUUUAUCUUUUCCAAAUCUUUACUUGAGGAUGUGGAUUUAUUUUUUCUUCUUUUGAAAAAUAAACAAUCUGUGAUUAAAA